UUACAGCCAAGGUCCAUGCAGAUUCACACUGGGAUCUGAGGAAACCUCUAACUCUGUUUAGUGAUUAUGAUACAACGAUACCACACCAGACAGUCAAUCGACUGAAGCGCCAGUUGUCAGUGGCAGAGCAGGUUGAUCAUGGCACAGAAACAAUAAUCAUAAUAACAGCAUUUGGUAGAGAAUUCAUAUUGGAUCUCAAAUUGAAUAGUGGUCUCAUCGCAAGAUCUUAUAUAGAAAAGUACUACAUAAAUGAUAGUCCUGUGAUCAGAAAUGGAUCAGAUCAUGCUAAAUCCAGUUGUUUUUACCAUGGACAUAUACAAGGGUUCCCGGAUUCAAUAGCAGCAAUCAGUACUUGUUCAGGAAUAAGUGGUUUUUUUAGGGAUAACAAUGAAACCUACCACAUAGAGCCAAGGGGUGAAUCAGAAAGCAAUGAGCAUUUUGUUUACAAAGAGAAAGACAGAAUUGCAUCUAAGAAAAGCGAUACGCACCGCAUCCGUGAGGUGGAUGCAGGUGGAGGUAAAAGCCAUGUGAGGCUCAAACGGGAACUAUCUGAACCCUAUGGUGCCAGACAACAUCCCCUGCAUGUUGAACUGUUUCUCGUCAUCGACAAGACCAUGUAUGACCAUUCUGCAAACUUGGAUGCUGCUAUAGAACGUGCAAAGAAAAUCUCAAAUAUUGUUAACGUGAUAUACAAGCCGCUCAAUAUAUUCAUAGUUCUUGUUGGAGUAGAAGUGUGGAAUGAACGUGACAAGAUAGAACUGUCUCAAGAUGGUGAUGUAACGCUCUCACGGUUUUUGGAUUACCGGAAACAGCACAUUCUACCAAACCAUCGCAAUGACAAUACUCAGUUGAUGAGUGGUAACGAAGUAUUUGAGAACAGCGUUGUUGGAAAAGCCUACAAGGGUUUGAUGUGCAGCUACCAAUAUUCGGCAGGAGUAAUUGCUGACCACAGUCGCAUAGAGAUGCCAGUGGCCAGUACACUGGCCCAUGAGAUGGGGCAUAACUUUGGAAUGGAGCAUGACACAGAUAAAUGCACGUGCGAUGACAAGAAAUGCGUCAUGGCUGCCUCCUCCUCGGGGGAAUGGUUCAGUCCCACCAAGUUCUCGAGCUGCUCCGUUGAAAAACUCGCAAUGUUUGUGAGCCGCGGCAUCGACUGGUGUCUGAGGAACAAGCCGGUGUCGGUGUUCGAGGGGCCAGUGUGUGGGGAUGGCUAUGUGGAGGAGGGAGAGCAAUGCGAUUGUGGUCCUGAAGGCAUGUGCGAUAGUCCGUGUUGCAACCCUUCUACUUGUCAGCUGUAUGCCAACGCCACCUGUGGCUCGGGUCUUUGUUGUGAUCUCACAACAUGCAAGCUCUUGGAGGCCGGGACAUCUUGCAGGGAUGCUGUAGAUGAGUGUGACUUGCCUGAAUUCUGUACUGGCCAAGUGGAGUUCUGUCCGCGUGACGUCACCAAGCAAGAUGGCAUCCCCUGCGAUAAUAAUCAGGGAUACUGCUACCACGGCAGCUGUGGGAGUCACGAUCAGCGAUGCAAGCUGCUCUGGGGGCAAGCGGUAAAGGUGGGGCCCAAUGAGUGCUUUGAGAAGAACACACGUGGUGUUGUCAUUGGUAACUGUGGAUACAACAGGGUCACUGAUACUUACCUGCAGUGUCCUCGCAAGGGAAACCAUGUCCUGUGUGGACGACUGAACUGCGUGCCGCUGGGCACGACGCCGGUGUUCGGUAUAGAUGUCAGCACCAUUCACGGCAAGUCGUCCAUCUUUACAAGUGACAGAGUCAUGGAGCUCUGCCACAUCCUCCAGAUAGACAUGGGUCUCGACUCUACCGACCCUGGCAUGACACCAGAUGGCGCACUGUGCGGAAAUGAGAUGAUGUGCGUAUCCCAGCGUUGCACUGGCGUUAAAGAUGUUCUGGAUAUUGCAUGCCUGGAAUCCUGCCAUGGACAAGGGGUUUGCAACAACAAAAAACAUUGCCACUGCAAUAAAGGGUAUGCACCACCUUAUUGUGAUACGCCGGGCUAUGGUGGAAGUGAGGACAGUGGUCCCCCAGCAGAUGACAGAGGCUCAAAGAAUUUCCUCAUAGGGUCAAUGACAUUCUUCGUAGUUUUGCUUCCUGUCAUCUUCGUCAUACUGUUGAUAUACCACGUGAGGGGACCAGGCAUUCCUUGUUUGCCACAUCGAGUCGCAAAGAGACAGAGUGUGCAGCAGUCGGGUGGGGGACGGCCACGCUCUGUGACGUCACAGCACAGCCAGGCGAGCUCACCAGAGAGCCCAACAACCCCGACCGGAUCAUCACAGGCGAAGACAACAUGGCCGUGGUCAGCGUGGUUCCGUCGUUCUGCCAAGGCACCCGCGACACCAAGUGCUGCCACCUACCCGCCCGCGGUCAAUGCAGAACCUCUGUUAGUGGAGCAACCGAAGCAGGACGGGGUGCGGAAGGCUGGUGGCGGGACACGACCGGCUGUGGUCGGCGGUCGGUCAGGUCAACAAGGGGUCGGGGGUUGGGCGGGUCAACAAGGGGUUGGGAGUCGGGCAGGUCAACAAGGGGUCGGGGGUCGAGCAGGGGAGGGUGGGAGCAGAGGUGCACCUACAGGAUCGCGCGUCACCGCGCUCGCUCAGUCGUUCUCCUCGCCCCACAAGCUGCCAUCAGCUACUGGAAAUCCCGUGAAACGCAACCAGUCGGAAGCAAGCACGUCGCGAGUGGUGCAACCUGUUAACAAGACAGCCGCGAAACCCCAGGCGCGGACUGCGGCAGCUGUAAAGGCGCCCGCCAAAGUCAUCCAGCCACCCGCAGCGGCUAGGCAGCCGAUCCAGUCCUCGUGGCCGAAACCGCCACCCAUCAAUAGUGAAGAGGGUGCCGCGAAACACGGUCCCAUUCGCGGGGCUACUGCAGCACCCUCCACAUCGAAAGCAGCGAUGGCACCGGUGCGGGCUGCUCCGGUGGUUCCCCCUUUUGGCUCCAAGUUCGACGAAGUCCCACUUAGUCCCACCCGACCCGCUCCUGGGUUGCCCUCUAGUGGGAAACGCUUCCCGUUGGUGACUGGGGCUUUACCUGCCCUUCCACCGCGUCCGGGUGCCGAGUCCAAGUCUCAAGCAGCAGCACAGCCAGCCGGUGGCAGCCCGUCAGUGGCUCAACGGGCGAGGUGGCUAAACGACAAGCUAACACCAACAUCCAGUCCCACCGGAAGUCCGAAAACCAGGGCGAAAGUGACACGGUAAGGUGACGCAAAACACGUAAUGGGCUCCAGGGCGCGACGGAACGAAUACAUUAUAUCGUGACCAUAAGUUGGGGAUAUUGGAAUAUAUUACAAUGAUUUACUCUUGCUACUAUACUUAACUGGUAUCAGGAGUGAAUAGAAACAUUGUUUAUAUAUUCACUCCUGCUAGCAUAUAGAUUUGUGGCAAUAGCAAUCAGCAAUGUUUUCCCAGUGAUGGAAUUAUGUUUAGAUUGGCUGGAAGCAAUCGCAUGAGGAUUGCAAUGAGACUGCUAUUUAAUUUGCUAUACAUGAUUGGUUGUAGUUAGUUAACGCACAGCCACAUACAGACUUACAGUUUUUAGCUGUCACUGGAUGUGGAUGCGUGCUUUCCCCUGAUGUUUCUUGCGGUGAGCAAGUUGAAAAAAAUCUCACAUAUACUCAGAGAAUUUUGUUUACAGUUUAUAAAGUAGGGACUAUGCAAUCAUUUUGGCAUCAGAGUCAGUGGCGCUAUAUUUCAAAAGGGGGUGGGAGUGGUUUAACCUUAGUGUGCACGUUACUUUGAAUGGGAACAUUCAAAGCAAAAAGUCAGGUAACAUCACACUAUAUUACCUUGAGUUAUUCGUAUUUCAUGCAUGUAUUUCUUCCACUAUGUCGGUAUAAUGUUAAACUAUUCUGUUUGCGAUACCGUCGAUUGAUUUAUAUAUGAUCAUGAAUGCUACUGUGGCACUCCAAUCAGAUAAGUGAAGUCGGUAUGUUUUGAUGUAUAAUGUAGCCGCGAUCAUAAUUUUAUCUUUCUGAAGUAAUUCGUUGGCCUAGCUAGCUAAUCCCAUGGGUACUUUUAUUAUGUCAGCGUGAAAAUGGAGUAUGCCACAUUGAUUAUUGUGUAUAAAGUUAUCGAUUGUAAUUGGAAAGCUUAAUUGAAACAUGCGCAUAUGUACUUUGAGAAUUUUAUUCUACUUAGACAAUCAGGUGACUUUUAAAGACCAUUCCGCUGAACAUUACGUUCUGCCGAUAUCGGUUAAAAUCAUCAAUUUUAUUCACGUGCAAUGAGAUGAUUCUGAACAAUCUAAGUGUAGUAAUUUGUCUGGUUGGGUGUGGGGUGAUGUAGCGAUUAACUCUCAUCCAAGUUUACGUACUAUUUGCUUUUCUACAGUAAAAGCGUUUGAUGCUUUAGAAAGCGUAGAAGCGUAUUAUAUUUCGAAGGAUGGGAAUUCGUCGUAUUUUUAUUCAUGUGAUCAUUAGAAAGGGCAACUAGUGUGUGGCAGCCAAUCAUUCAGUUGGUUUUGUAGGUGGUGCUUAGAAGCGUAUGUGUGUACGUUCGGAGUAUUUUUAUUUUUAACAGAGCUCUUAUUUUAUAUUGCAGUUGUACAAACUUCUUUGUGCCAGGGUUUCUGUACGUGCACAUGCGCAGUAGUUAGCGUAGCGAAAUAGUGUGUGAUUUCUAUAUGCUUAAUGCGAUUGGGUCUAAAUUACCUUAUAGGUAACGUAUGUUGUAGUGACGAAUGUGCUAUCGCUAGUACUAGUGUGUGGGAAAUGUCGUCGUGAUUCUUUUUUUACCGGCAUGAAAUGAAAUGUUUCUCUUUUUACAAAUAUUUAUCUAUUUUUGCACGUCUCGCGACAUUGUGUGUGGCUGCUAAGUGAAUUUGUCGUGUAUGAUAAUACUCCAUAUACAUAUAGGGCCACGCGUCUUACAAAAUACUCAGAUGUGUAUUAUAAUGCUAACCGUACAUUUGCAAUUUAUGGUUGUUGGCAGGAGUCUAUGGGUUCCACAAAAAUAGUGAUCGGUUUUAUUUCUCUGUGUAUAAAUAUGGUGAAUAGAAAAAGGAGAAAUCCUGUAAUAGCAGGUCAGGGCAUUAGCGUAAAUUUAAGUAAAAAUAUGCGUGAAUAAAAUCCAUCUUAGAACGAAAA